AUGUUCACCUCUCUCGUCGCCCUUAUUGCCCUCGCCGCCUCGGCCGGUGCCACCAACACCGAGCGUCAGAACACAUACUGGCCCGGCCUUCCCGACGACGCGCCGUGGUACCGCGUCACCUGCUACACCAGCUCGAACUGCCCCCAGAACGACGCGGGGGCCUCGUACACCAACAACGUCAACUCGUCGCUCACCACCGGCUGCACCGAGCUCCCGCGCGGCAUGCACUCGUGCCGCCUCGAGCGCUUCCCCGUCGACGGCGGCAUCCCUGAGCAGAACCAGUGCACUCUCUCGCUUUUCUGGCGCUACCGUAAUUCCCAGUGCCAGAACAAGGUCAUGGACCUCCAGCCGCUCACGUGGGCGUGGAGCUGGAACUGCGGCUCCGUCUGGGGCGGCGACAUCCAGGGCUACUCGGUUGACUGCAGCCAAGCUUCGCAAGGCACCAACCGCCUCGCUGCGCCGCCACAGGUCAUCAAGGGCAACAACGCCGAGGGCGAGUACGGCAUCGGCGGUCAGUAG